AUGGGCACAGAAUUAUGUGAACAACUUAAUAUUGCGAUCGAUUUAAGCAAUGUGCUUCGCCAAAUCCUGCAAGACAAAGAGGAAGAUGGAGAAAUAUACGCCGUUUUGACUGGCGGAUCAACAGGAGUAGAGAACUUGUUUAGUGUCACUAAUGUAUGUCUGAUGUACCAUCUUUUGCUGAAACACGGAGUAAAACCAGAGAAUAUCAUCACUUUUGCUAAUGAUACAAGUGUCAAUGAUAAACAGUAAGGGUAUACCUUACCCUACCCUACCCUACCCUACCCUACUCUACCCCACCCUACCCUACCCUACCCUACCCUACCCUACCCUACCCUACCCUACCCUACCCUACCCUACUCUACCCCACCCUACCCUACCCUACCCUACCCUACCCUACCCUACCCUACCUUACCUUACCCUACCCUACCCUACCCUACCCUACCCUACCCUACCCUACCCUACCCUACCCUACCCUACCCUACCCUACCUUACCCUACCCUACCCUACCCUACCCUCAACCUUUUUAAAUCCGCCUAAAUUGUAGCUCGCCAUGGCCAGGAGAGCUACGUACUUCAGGACUUGAUAAAGACGUCUACAAAGGUUGCAGAAUCGACUACCGUAACGAGAACUUAAAUUUUGACUUGUUUGCAAGCGUCCUAGUCGGUAAUCAAACCGAUGAAAAGUUUCCGGUCUUAAAGUCCACCUCCAAAGACCGUGUCCUACUGUAUCAUAGUGGUCAUGGUGGACACCACGAGUUUGAGUUUGGCAAUGAACGGGUACAAACUGACCGCUUUCGCGACGCGUUGACCGAACUGCAUUCGAAAGGCAUGUACAAACAGUUGUUCUACCACUUUGAAUCCUGUUAUUCCGGCUCAAUGUUUGUCGACUGGCUGACUCCCAACUACAAUAUUCUUGCUAUAACAGCCGCUAAUCCGAAUGAAUGCGCUUAUGGUUGUACUAACAAGGAUAGCAUGGUUAUGCCGAGUUUACAUGUCGUAUGGUGAACUUUGUCGAACACAAAGACGACCUGGACUUGCCUUUGAGUGAUGAAUUUAAAUUCGUCCAAAGUCACAUCAAAGACAGUCACGUUAGCAAGUACGGUAACUUUGAUCUGCUGAUUCACACCACUGACACAUUUUUUGGACUUUUGAACCAAGACGAAUUCACUGUAAGCAACCAGACUUGUUUAAUACAAGUUUUGCUACAAGAAGCGGAUCUGUAUCGCCUAGAGUAUCAAAUUAAAGAAGCUGAAGAAGAAGGAGAUGCUGUUACAGCUAGAAGACUAAAUAAUGAAUUACAAAAGCAAAUUGAUUUACUUGAACAUACGAACCAGAAAAUUGACAGUUUUGUAACAAAGAUGUGUAUGAAGAACAACUUCAGAGAAAACACAAAGGCUAAGGUAGACCUAGAAUGCUACGGAGAGAUGAGUAGAACUUUCCACAAGCAUUGCCACAAUGGUAAUCUUGUAAGUUUUGUUUCGGUAAAGAAAAGCCUUUAUAUAAAGUUUUUUUAAAACAGGGAAGUGUGUCAAUCUUUAUAUAACGGACAUAUCAUGCGAAGAUUUUCUUCAUUGUCUUGUCGUACCCUUUAAAAUGAACAAAAACGUUUUUUUCAGAAACAUGUUGGAAAGAUCAUCUGCACAAGUUGUGUCAUGCCAACGUUUUAACCCAAGAAUUGGUCAGCGGACUUGCUUCUCAUUGCCAAAACUAAAUGCUUCUUCACUACUUCAAGUUUUUUUUUACUUUACUAAUAAAUGCUUUUAACAAAACUUAUUAUUCAGCUUAAAGAAAUGAUCAAGUAAACUUUUGCUAAUAAUUUAUCAUUGCGGAAAAAGUUGAUUGAUUUAGCUAACACUUUAUGCAAAUUGCAAAUAAAGUGAAUUGUUUUAAGUUUCUAAAUUUUCUAUUUACCAACAAUUCCUGUGUCGUUGAACGGUGGAGCGUUUAUAUUCGUGUGCUAUCGAACGGUCGAUUGUUUGAUUUGGAGCAUUUCACCACAAUGGAGCAUGUGUCAUCAAAAGCUUUAAUAGCUUCUGUGAUUCUCGGAAGCCUUUUACCAAUCUUGGUAGGCAUUGUCGCUACUGUUGAGCCUUUUCGCAUUUGUAAAACCAACCUGGCUGUCAUAAAAGUAAUGUUACAAUUGAACGAUGGUAGUCGAAUUCAAUUGGUUUGCUUCGAACGACCAUAAGGGGGCCGAAGGGCCCCCAUUGGUCUGGUAAUUUAUCAUCGCGGAACCAGCAAUAUAUCGACAGAAAAAGCUUGGUUGCAAAAGAUGUAUAACCAUAUAAAAGAUCAUUGUAUGGUGGACCACAGCUGGCGUCAUUCACUAUAACUUCUAGUAACCUGGUGAAACCAUCAAUUCAGAAAAGUAUUGUAGCCAAUUCGACGAUAUGCUUCAGAAGUUAAAGCAAAAGUGCUCCGGUUUGAACAUCACAAAAGGUCUAACAUUGCUUCAUGACAGCGCGCGUCCUCACAUUGCGCUGCCACUGUUGUGACGUUAAAUGUGAUAGGUUGCAAGACACUGCCUUAUCCUUUCUGCUCUCUGCACUCGUCUCCAACUGGUUACUACCUAUCCAAAUAUCAUCUACAAAACGAGCGCUUUCGAAACUAAGACGAGACCAAAUUUGAGGUGGGUUUCUUUUAUCAGCUCCAGAAGUCCACAUCUGUUCGUUUGGAAUGGAUAAGCUGUUAUUUUGUUUGCAAGAUUGUAUUACUUCGACGUGUAGCAUUUGCCCGUUUGAAUUAAAUUCCUGACAUUAAACGAGACAUUAUUUUUAAAAUGCCUUGUAUCAUCUUUAUACAAUUUUACAUUUUAUAAACUUAUAGUUUAUUAACUAGCGGCAUAUAUUUUUUGUAAGAAAACAUAAUGCUAGAACUUUGUAAAUUUCAUUUUACUAUUUCUAUAAUAUAUAAAUUCAGCCGCAUUUUAAAAUUUGGUUUUUUUGAUUUAUCAUGCAUUCCAAAAAGCUAUUGUUCGCUUUCGUGUUUAAUAUAGUUCUGGUUAGAUGGUAUGUUGAUAAAUUUGAGUAUAGCAUACUUUCAAUGCUGUGUAUAGCAUAAGCUAGUAAAAUAAAGGAUACUAAAUUACUGUGUGAUCAGAUUAUCUAUUUAGCAAUGUAGUUCGCCAAUUUCUUGAAAGCAAAGAAGAUGGUGGUGAAUUGUAUGCUGUUUUGACUGGUGGUUCGUCAGGUCUUGGCAAUUUAUUCAGCGAAACGAAUGUUUGUCUAAUGUAUCAUAUAUUGCGAAAGCACGGAGUGAAGGAUGAAAAUAUUAUCACAUUUGCCGGUGAUGAUAACGUAAAUGAUACAAAGUAAGAAACUGCUGUCAGCUUUUUGAUUUGACUAUCUUUAGAAUUGACUUUUCCACAUUUUGGGCAGGUUAUGGCGCAUUAGGGUACGCUGCAGAUGACUAAGUAGCGUAGCGUAAAGUAAUAAGACCAAACUUUACUAAAACUUUUUAACUUUAUUACAGUUCUCCGUGGCCAGGAGAGUUGCGUCCACAACCAAUCGACCCAGAUGUCCGCCAAAGCUGUAGAAUUGGCUAUAGUUAUGAGAAUUUGAACUUUGAUCUUUUUGCUGAAGCCUUGAUAGGUAACGACACCGGUGGCAUCUUCGAACAUUACCCAGUUCUAAAGUCAACUUCAAAGGACCGUGUUCUACUGUAUCAUAGCGGUCACGGUGAUUCUCAUGAGUUUGAAUUUGGAUAUGAAUGGGUACAAGCUGAUCGCUUACAAAAAGCUUUGACAGCUAUGCAUGACAAAGGAAUGUACAAACAGUUGUUCUAUCACUUUGAAUCCUGUUUUUCCGGCUCAAUGUUUGUUGACUGGUUGACUCCGAAAUACAAUAUUCUAGCUUACACCGCCGCAAAUCCGCACCAAUAUGCUGUUGCUAUUGGGUACAAAGGAUGGAUAAUUUCGGUCAAGUUUUCAUGUCAUAUGCAACAGUUUAUUGAACAGAACAAAGACCUGAGUGCCUUUAGGCGAUGA